CCACAGACGUUGCCCAUUUCAAACUCCCACAUCAGCUCCCAUCAAGGGAGGGAGGGAGGGAGGGAGAGAGAGAGAUCAGAUCCAACCAAGAUGGUGGCCAAGACUCCACCCAAGGAGCGGAGGAUGGCCGCCGCCCUCAACCCCAAUCUCGUCAGGGAAACACUGAUCAAGGUGGAGAGGUGCAUGGCUCGGCUGCAGGAGCUCCAGUGCACGGUGACGGGUGGGACGAAGGUGGUGGCCGGUGUCACUCUCAGCCCUCGCAGCACGAGAGGAUAUCUCAGAACCAGUCUGGUAUGCAAGAAAGAAUCCUUAAGGAUGCGAAAUAAUGCUUCGUCUCGGAGAUCGCCGGCGGGGAAGUUCCAGGGGAGCACAAAUGGGGAGUGGCGGCGGAUGUCGCUGCCGGCCAUGCUGCUGGGAGAAACCGUAGUGGAGAUCCUUGAGGCCAGCCGAACCACGAAGGAGGCGGUCACAGCUGCUGCGGCUGCGGCCAUGAGAAGCCGCCACAAGACCACCGAACCUACAACUCCCAUCACUGCCCGCAGAACAAACAAGUCGUCAUCACGUGAGAAUACAGAGAUGCAAGCAAGGCGGGUGAAGGAGAAGCAAGGGCGAUUGAGGAUCAUCCGAUCGGAGCAAUCCCCGGCCGUUUCCAGGGCGAGGUCACGCAUUAGAUUCAAGUCGAAUUCGCCGCUGGCUACUGCGAGGGAGGAGCAGAUGGUGGGCGGCAGACCGUCGGUGGCAGCCCACCGGGUAUCACCCAGAAACCGACCCUGGGCCAAGAAGACGGUGUUGUUCCCCAACCCUCUCUUCACCUCCUCCUCGCCCACGUCGUGCCACGGGCAAAGGACGUUCUACAAGACCAGAUCCCCCGUGAUUGGGAGGACGAGGCCGUCGCAGAGUCCCCACAAGUUCGUCAUCAAAUCACCAUCUUCCAGAUCCCUGAAGUCGCAGUUCGCACCCAAGAAGGCCGUCACAGUGAGAAUCCUGAAGUCAUCCCCGGAGAAGGUGGUAGUGUUGAAGAAGUCCCGGCGGUGCUCCUUCUCACCUUCCAAGUUAGUGAACCGAAUAAUCGCAUCGCCGGUCAAGACCCGGCCGAUCUCCCUCCUAAGAAGCAGCACUGGGUUGGUGGCCGGCCUGAAGCAACGUUCAGGUUUCAGUACACCGGUGAGGAUAUCUUCUUCCAUCGCAAGGAUUUGAACGCCGUCAUUUUUGUUGCUGCUGUGUCCAAAAUGCUGCUUGCAGCACAUGAAAUCUAAACUGUAACAACAUCUCGUUCGUGUGCCCGACUGUAAGAUUUCUAUACUAAUAACGACUUCAUGACGAACAUAAGAUUCAUAGGAUCUUUUGUUUAGUCUACAACUAUACUCUGUUCGAUGUUGUUUAUCUAUUUGCAUUCAUCUCUAAUAUUUGUUGUUGAUCUACUGAUAUAAACAGAUUAUAAUUCUAAUAUAAGAUGGGAGUAAUUCAUUAUUAUUGUUAUUAUCGUUGUUAUUUGUGUCUGUAAGGCGUUAUCAGUGCUAUCUAUGCUAACCAAACGUUCCUCCUCCUCCGCCCAUAUUUACUGAUCUCCACUUUCCACCUCCGCCUUAUCAUCGACCUUGGGUGCGCAUCCUAGCCAUCACAAUCGAUGGCAAUUGCACAUCCGAGCUUUUCGCCGUGCUUCCUCGGCCUCUCCCCCUUCCAAAACGACCUGUCCUUCCUGCCCGAUCCUUGCAGAUCCCGGUGCUGCUUGCUGCCGAGCGGACUGCCAAAAACCAUGACCCUUCAGCAGUCAAGGAUGAGCUGGAGAAGGAAGAAGAAGAAGAAGAGAUGGCAGGUGGAGAGGGCAACGGCGGUCGCGUCGCGGAGAGGUGGCGCGAGUCGACGGCUGCGACGACUGGGGGGGGGUUGCUGGACCCCAUGGACCCGCCGCUGCGCUCGGAGCUUGUUCCUAAAAAAAGAAAGAAAACAAAAGUGACCUAUCUUUCUAUUGUUUAGAUAAGAUAGAAUACCUUUCUAUUAUUUUUGACAACAUGAGGAUAUUUCUUAAUAGAUUUAUUUUCUUUCAA